AUGCUGAAUCAAACCUCAGUCACUGAGUUUCUCCUCUGGGGAGUCACUGAGAUCCAAGCACUGCAGCCUUAUCUCUUCGUGGUUUUCCUUGCAAUUUAUGUUGUCACCAUGGUUGGGAAUGGAGCCGUCCUCAUGGUUGUCGUCUCUGAUCCAAGACUUCACUCGCCCAUGUAUUUCUUCCUGGGAAAUCUAUCAUGUCUGGAUAUCUGCUACUCCACAGUGACACUGCCAAAGAUGCUGGAGAACUUCCUCUCUACAUACAAGGCAAUUUCCUUCUUGGGAUGCAUAAGCCAGCUUCACUUCUUCCACUUUCUGGGCAGCACAGAGGCCAUGCUCUUGGCCGUGAUGGCCUUUGACCGCUUUGUGGCCAUCUGCAGACCACUGCAUUACUCUGUCAUCAUGAAUUACCAGCUCUGUACCCAGAUGGCCGUCACUGUCUGGACCAUUGGCUUUUUCCAUGCCCUGUUGCACUCCACGAUGACCUCUCGCUUGAACUUCUGUGGUUCUAAUCUGAUCCAUCACUUCUUCUGUGAUGUCAAGCCUUUGCUGGAGUUGGCCUGUGGAAACACAGAAUUUUCCAGGGAAGUCCUCAUGAUGACAAAGGAAGAAAAGGUAAUUGAGUUAAGAAAACACAGGGGGACCCGGAAAAUUGUGCCGUCCAUGAUUCUGCACUAA